AUGCUCCGUUGCUUUUCCCUUCUUCUCGGAGUGGCGCUACUUUCGAAUGCUCCGUCCUUGGUGAACGCAGAAAGAUUCUCCCACCAGCCAACGCAACAUGCUAGCUUUCCCAAGAAGGUGUCAAUAUUGACCGAAGAGGUUUUUGUCAAUGCAGAGAGAGUGCCUCGUGGAGGUGCCAAAGCCAAGGUUGCCAACACGAAGGCCAAGGCACCACCUGCCCACCCGGACGUUCCCACGGCACAACAGCUCGCCGGCGUCGCAGUCUUUACCAUCAUUGAGUUGUCCUUUCGCAAGGUUUUCAAAACGUACAAUAUUCGAUUUCCAGGACAAUUGGCAGGAUGUGUGGCCUUGUUUGCCGUCAUGAUUGCGGCCCAGGCGGUGGCGCCCAAUUCGGGAGACGCCAUCUGCAAUGCUCUCAGUCCCGGAGCCGGCUUGUUGGCCAAGUGGAUGGGAGUCUUUUUUGUUCCUGGUUUGACCAUGUUGCCAUUGGCACCGUCGGUGGGUGGACCCGUUGAGAUUCUCAAAACGCUGGGUGUGGUCAUCGUGGGAUUCUUCUAUUCUCUAGCCCUUGUGAGCUACACGGUCCUUGGAGUGCGAAAGCUUUUGGGAACUUUAUCAGAGGAGGAAGCAUCCAGUGUCGGCAGUUCGACCACGGGUGCUGCCAAAAAGCCGUAUGCCGAAAGUACUACCAAAUUCCUAGUCACAGGGAGCGUCGUGACGGCUGCCAUUAGCAUUGCAGCCACCAAAACGGGUAAUUCUUUCCAAAAGCCCCUGGAAACGCUCUUUUUGGGAUUUGCGACACUGGCUACCUACGUGUGGGGUGCUAAUCUUCCUUCCAGUAUUACAACAAUCAUCAAUCCAUUGCUUUCCAGUGCCAUCUUGACAUUGGGGGUUGUCCGUCUCACCGCUAUGGCCACGGAUACGUCGUUCGUCGACGUGCUCAAAUCGUACACGUGCAAAAAGCUGGCUCCCAUGGAAGCAGGUGCCGGUGAUUUGCUACUCUUCCUACUAAGUCCUUCUGUCAUUUCCUUUGCAGUUGGCAUGUACAAGGGAAAAGCCUUGAUUGCCUCCAAUCUGCCAGCCAUUAUCACUGCCGUCAUGACAGGGUCCAUUGGUAGUAUGUUUGGAACGGCUGCAUUGGCUCGCCUCAUUAACCUGGGUGGCUCGAAUGGAAAGGUCAUUCGAAUUGCAGCCGUGCCACGAAGUACGCAGACGGCAUUGGGCAUGAUCAUUGCCGAGCUGCUAGGGGGCGACAUUGCCAUUGCCGCGACAAUGAUUAUCUUGACUGGAAUCUUUGGGGGCAUGGUUGGAGUCAAGACCCUCAAUGCGUGGGGUGUCAAAGAUUCUGUCUCUCGUGGUCUUGGUAUUGGAUCUGCUGGGUUGAGUCUGGGUGUGGUGAGUAUCAAGGGUGAACCGGAGGCAUUUGCCUUUGCAGGUUUGUGCCUGGUCUUGACAGCGGUGGCAGCCACGUGCUUGGCAUCCAUACCGGCGGUUGCAGACUUGCUGAUUAAAAUUGCGGGAGGUGCACCCGCAAUUGCAGAGGCCCUAUAG